ACAUUUUUGCAAAAAAGCCCUCCACUUUUGUCCGACCAAACCCGCAGUCCUCGUCUUGCCGCAGCGUCACUCCCCUCCCAGCAGCUUCCCGACGUUGCGCUGCUCCCCUCCCCGCCGCGCUGCGCCGCGCCGCUGAGCUCCCCCGCCCCGCUGAGAUCCCCCGCGCCUCCUCUCCCUCCUCCACGCCGCCGCGCCGCUCCAGUUCGCUGCGUAGCUCCUCCUCUCCCCUAAAAAUCCCUUCUUCCGGUGAGGUUCUCUUCGACGAGGCGCCGCUCGAUCUGGAGGAUGACGACAAGUUGGCGCUCGAUCUGGAGCAUGGCGACGGCAUGGGGCGGGCGCUCUCGUCCUCGAGCUCCUAAUCCACCAGCUCCUCUUCCUCCUCCAGGCCCUCCUCAACAUCACCGGCGACGACGGCAUGGGGAAGACGACGGCGGCGGCUGCGGAAGUCGACCCCAACGAAGGCGGAUCCUCCUCAACAUCCCAGGCUCCUCCUCCUUCAGGGCGCUGGCUACCUUUCAGUAGCAGCAGAGGCGGCGAGGAGGAGCUGGGUCGCCUGGACGAAGAAGAAGAAGAAAUCAGCGAGGAGGAGCAGGUGGGCGGCGGUGGUCGCCUCUGUAGCAGGUGGGCGGCGGCGCUGGGCCCUACGGUGGAUGCACUGGUCACCUCGGUGCACGGCGGUGGAGCAACGGCGGCCGGGGUCUUGCCCAACUCCCGCAGCAGAGUGGCUGGCCAUGGCGCGCCGGGGUUGCGGCCGGGGAUGCGAGAAGGACGACGAGUAGAGCCGACCGUGAGCCGUGGAAUCGCCGCCUGUCGAGGUGUCGCCGCGGAGGAGCAGCUGGGCGGCGGCGAAGCUCGCCUCCGCAGUGCAGCUAAGCAGGGGCGGUGCAAGAUGGCAGCUGCGGGACAGGUGUGCGGCGGCGCAAGUGGGACUUCGUCCUGGCUGAUCCUACGGCGGCUGGGGCACGCGGUGCCCGUGGGCAACAGGGGGAGGCGGAGGCUGGGGCGCGCGCGGUGCCGGCGGGCGUCGAGGGAGGAAGAAGGACCGAUUAGCACGAGAUUUAAAAUGAAAAAGGGGUUUUCUGCAAAAUUACAAUUGAACUAUGCUGGUGACAACUUUUUCCGGACGGAGGGAGUAGUAAUUAAGUUACGACACUUAUACGCUUUUUAAUUUUAUAUUUAUAGUAUUUGUUAUUUUCUCUAUUAACGUUUUUCACAAGCGAUUGACAUUGUAAAUGCACAGGAUUUGCCUCUAAUGAAACACUAAAUGAUGAUUUUGUUA